AUGCCCCCAAGUGCUGUCGAGGUCGUCUUCGAAGGAUACAACUGGGCACUGAAAGCACACAAGCACGUGACAACUACGGUGAGCUCAACCUUGAAGGGGCCAGCGCUUGAGUCCUGGAGCUCUGAGCCACUUGUUGCAACCAUUCGUAUCCCAAAUAACUCAUCCAACGUUCGCCUUCCGGAUGCUAUUAUUUCACCUGCGAGCUUGAUGGAUCCUCCUUCACGCCGCCGACUCGGGACGGAAAAACAACCAAUAACGGAAAAUGCUCGCGCAGUCCUAGACUGUUUGGAACUCCACCGCGCGGGUCAAAAGCCAGCACAGUCUUGGUGGCAGUAUCGACUCGUUCAGGAUGACUAUAAAACAGUGUUGCAUGUGCUAGAUGGUGACGAGUGUCUCCGGGGCUACGUGGAAGAUAAAGUGAGGUCAGUAGACCCAGGGGCCAGUGCUGCCAAUAUCCAGUUUCAUUUGUUUAUUCGGCUGUGUUCUAGGCUCGACUAUGAUCCUUACCGGUCCUAUGUGACUAUCCGAAUGCCAACUCCUCUCCAUGAUAUCUUUCGUGUCAAGGUGGUUUCUGAAAUUCUGACCCAAUUAAGCAACUUUCAGAACAGCCAUAAACCCUUCGCUGAUUUUGCGAGAAAGGUAGAUCAUAGAUCUACUGCUCAGAUCCGGUUACCAGACGAUACAAGAGCUGGAGAAAAGCCUCGUUCCGAACGGAACCCAGACGCAUCUUUCAAGCAUGAUGACGCAAAGUACCCCGGUGUUAUUAUAGAAGUGUGCUGUUCGGGCAAAGCUCGCGCAGCGGCAGACUUGGCAGAAGAUUAUAUCCUAGACACUAAUGGGAGUGUGACGACGGUGAUUGCUCUCAACAUUGAGCAUGAAUACUCUAAGCAAGCCACUAUAUCUAUUUGGCGACCAGAAUAUGUGACUGUGAAUGGCAUAGAGGAAAUUCGCGCGGUUGCUGUAGUUGACACACUGGCUUUUCGGACAGCAUCUGGACACCCAGCCGAAGCGCCAGGCCAGGAACCUGUGUUCCGGCUGUCGAUUGAGGACUUUUCUCCCCCGUUCAUCUCGCGGGGAUUCACUGACCUUGAUCAAUAUAUCUCAAUAUCAUCGAGGCAGCUUUGUGACUUUCUUUCUCACGCCGAAAGAUCACACCAACGAGAAAUGCUCGGCGAAGGUAUUUCUCAGCCCCCGGGCAUGGCAAAACGCCGCCGACCCCGAACUCCGUCAUAA